UGGUACCGACCGUCGCAUCGGGUCAAAUUUCAUUAAAACCCUAGUCUUCUCACUAUCGGUUCUGCCAUUCUCUCUGCACUUCGUUCCGGCGCUCCUUCCCGUCUCUCUCUACUGUGCUUCCAUUCAAGGUAUUUGCUUCAUUCACUUGUAUCAAUUUCACCGUACACUUGUAUCAAUUCAUCCAUUGCUUCAUCUUCUGUCUUCAAUUCAUCAAUUGGUGUCAAUUUCUCACCAUUUCGCCCAAAAUUCAUUAUCUUCUCAAUUUUCUCCCAAAAUGAGUGAAAUUGUUUCCAAUGAUCAAGUUGAUGCUCAAGCCGGGUUCAAGGCUUACGCCGACCCACACAUCAUUGAGGAGAGAACUCUUAAACAAGAUGACAUCCCGGUUGCCAUUCUUGAACUCAUUCAAGAACAAGGUUGGAGUUUCUUUCUUCAACUCCAAGCCCCCGUUUACCUGGAACUCGUUCAUCAAUUCUAUUCUUCGAUGAAAUAUCAUCCCCAAGACCCUUCCAUUACCGCCAUUGUCGCCGGCAAAACCUUCGGAUUCAACACCCAAAACCUUUCCAAAUGGUUUCACAUAGGGCGUCAAGGAGUCUCCACCUAUUGCAAAAAGGGGUGGAUUACCGAUGCACGAGAUUUUAACUUCGAUUCUUGCCUUCGAGUGCUAAAUAACAUUGCCCUUGACCAUGUCUUUGAGGACCCGCACUACUUUCUUCGUAGGCCAAAUGUCCAAGACUUACCCGCAAAUAGGUUCAUCCUCCUCAAAAUCCUCAAAGAAAAUGUCAUCUCGGUCCUUAACAAAGAUAAACAAGUUGGGCUUUAUGAAUGCACUCUCUUAUAUUGGCUCCUCACUCGCAAGAAAAUCAAUCUUCCUUCCAUCAUCCUUAAACACAUGCACGAAUGCUCCAACCACCUAAACAAACCCUAUGGCAUGCUUAUUACCCACAUCUUUGCCAAGAGGGAAAUUCUUGAGGUGCGCCCUUCUCGUGUCCGCUAUCUUGACGCGGAGUGCCUUGGCUAUUGUGGCCUUGUAAAGAUGGGAGAGGAGUAUAACAUGAAGAAGGAGUUUCAAAAUCUUGAUGAAGCGACACGAGCGGAGUAUGGUCCUCGGCAUUCCAUGUCAUCUUUGCCUUCCACUUCACGCGCACCCCGGGCCGAAGCCGAAGAAAAUGGAAACACGGAGGUCCCCAUUUGUGCUCCUCGGGUCAAACGCUCAAAGUCGGCAUCUCAUGCUUCCUCGGCCUCUCUCAUGCAUCGUCACUCUCACAUGGCUUCCACUUCCAAAAAUCCCUUUAAGAAGUUCAAGAAAUUCAUCCUCAAGACCGUGGUGGCUCCGAUGAGAAAACAUCAAGAAAGCCUCGAUGACCUCUCGGAUCGGAUGAAGAAGAUGGAGGACCGUGAGAAUCGCCAAAAGCAAAACGAGGAUCGUGCUUCUAGACGCCGCUAAGUGUUGAGCAUUUGACAAUAU